UAGAGAACUAGAAAACAUGCCAAUGGUGCUAGAGAUGACAGAAGAAAAUAGGACCUGGCAGUUUGUCUGUGGUUUUUAAGAACGUGACGCAAGAUAGUUUGUCUAGAAGUAUUGAGCUUGCCAGCCAGACACACAAAGAGCAAGCAGCUGAGAGACUUAACUUUGAUCACAAAAUGGAGACGUAUGACAGCAACAGGUACUUCUACAGCGAUGACAUGCUGUACAAUGUCAGCUACGAUCUAACCUACCUUGGGGAGCGCUCCAGCUCCAGUCUUCCCUAUUCUCACAUCUACCUGCCACUGCUGUAUUUCCUCAUGUUUUUCACAGGCUUCCUGGGCAACCUCUUUGUGAUCACAGUCAUGGGCAGCCGGGGGAAGAGAGGUGGCCGUCUGGUGGAUACGUUUGUGGUUAACCUGGCACUUGCGGACCUGGUGUUUGUCCUCACCCUCCCUCUGUGGGCCGUCUCGUCCAGUCAGGAGGGACACUGGCCUUUCGGCAACCUUCUCUGCAAGCUGACCAGCUACAUUGUUGCCGUCAACCGCUUCUCCAACAUCUUCUUCCUGACCUGCAUGAGCGUGGACCGCUACCUGGCCGUGGUGAGACUCAUGGACUCCCGCUUUCUCCGCAGCAGCCAGUGUGUGCGUCUCAACUGCGCCGUGGUCUGGCUGCUGUCCCUGGCUCUAGGUACCCCCUCCCUGGUGUACCGUAGCAUGUAUACUCCCAACGGCAAACUCUUCUGUCUGGAGGAUGAAGAGUCAUCCUUCUUCCUGGGUCUGAGUCUGACCAUGGUCUUCCUGACCUUCGCCCUGCCGGUGCUCAUCAUCAUCCUCUGCUACGGUUCUAUCCUGGCCCACCUGCGCCAGCACUGUGUUUCUGCUGGCAACCCUCGCGCAGAAGCCCGACACCGCCACUCUCUCAAGAUGGUCUUCACCAUAAUCGUGGCCUUUGUGGUGUCUUGGCUUCCCUUCAACAUCUUCAAGACCAUCCUCAUUGGUUUCAGGCUGUCUAGGGCCGAUCUGAGCAUUGCGACACAGUCUGUCUUGAGUCAGGGCCUCACCCUCUCCUGCUGCUUGGCCUUCCUCAACAGCUGCAUAAACCCAGCCAUCUACCUGUUCCUGGACCACCACUUCAGAGGGCAGGCGGAGAACCAGUUCCUGAGCUGCGUGGGGAAGCUUGGGCUACACCAAGGCUAUGCCUCGUCCACUGACUUCUACAACGGUACCUCAGAGAGCUGCGGCACAACAGCCUCCAGAACUCGUCUCCAGCCACUUGACCAGAAUGUCUGAUAGCAGGGUUCUGCACCUUUUACAGCCUCUUUGCGGUCCGAAACGCUAAAGGUUGAGGUGAAUCAUUUUGUGUUAUGAUUUUAGGUGUUAUGUAAUUCAAGCUCAGUGAAAGCAUUCUCUGAAAUAUAUUUUGUGUAUAUUAUAGCUUCUCAAAAUAAGUUAUAUUUUACAUAUCAUAAUUGCAUAUUUGAUUAUCAUUGAUAUUUGAAUUUAGGUUUUAUUUAUUCGCACCAAAGAAAAUAUUUGAAAGACGAAACAGUACAGAUAAAAAACUGGUCAAAACAGUGUGCAAGUGAGGUUGAUUAAUUUAGCUUUCGUUUUUUUUUUCACGACCAAAUUAAAUAUGAUGGUCUUUUUAUGUCUAAAUAUUUUGUAUAUGAAUAAUUCAUGAGUAGCCUGGUUAUUACGAUUGUUGACAUUCUUAAAUUCAUAGUAAUAUUAAAUGGCAAUUUGUUAACAGUAACGUUAAUUUGUUAAUGGUUCCUUUUUGCUGCGUGAAAUUCAUUACAACAAUAUUCAAAAUGGUUGUCUAUGUUCAUGGCAUUAGUAAGACUACAUUUACAUUUACAUUUACAUUUAAGUCAUUUAGCAGACGCUCUUAUCCAGAGCGACUUAGAAAUUGGUGCAAACACCUAUGACAACCAGUGGAACAGCCACUUGCAUCUAACU